GACCUGCACGGUCGCACCGCCGCGCACGUGGCGGCGGCGCAGCGUUUUCCGCUUGUGGCGCAGCAGCUGAGCGGCGGCAGCGGAAAGGACGCCUUUGGGCACUCGGUGCAGAACAUCCUGCGGCUACACGCGGAGACGGAAGUGGCCACGGUGGAGGCCGAGAACUUUUCCUUCGACUCAGACUUCAUCCCCUCCUAUGUGGCGGUGAAUCGACCUUUGCUAAUUAAAGGUGGUGCCAUGCAUCUGGAAGCCAUGAGCUGGUCAGAUUAUCGACACCUUUUGGCAGAUCUGGGCAACGAGGUGGUCCAAGCUGCUCCAGUGCCAUACUCGAAGAACAUGGGUCUGUCUGGAGGUACUGAAGCGCCCCUGGCCCAAUUACUUUCGUCUCCAAAGGUGUGGCGAAGUGAAGAGCCGCCUGCAGGGGUCCUAGAGCCUUCGGCUUCAGCCCCCUCAUACAUCUUCGAUGCCAGCGUCCUGCGCCGUCGCCGGGACGUGGUGAAACGUGCCACGGUGCUGGGUACGGCCUACAUGGAGCGGCACAUGUCCCACGUCCGGGUGCCGCAGUUCGGCGUGGGCUUCCGGGGUGCCGGGGCGCCGAUGCACACGCACCACGCGGCGCUCAACGCGUCCUUUGCAGGAAAGAAGCGCUGGUUCCUCUGUCCACCCGAAGUGGCCUCUUGGAGCCUGGACCCAGUGUCUGGUUGGAGGGAAACGGAUCGCUUCAAGAGUCAGCGCGACGCGGGGCUUCUUCUGGAAUUGGAGCAGGAGCCUGGCGACUUGCUCUUUGUCCCGGAGGGCUGGGGCCAUGUGACGAUCCUGGAGAGCUAUGCAGUUGGUGUGGCACAAGAAUUUGUGCCUUGGACCAGCAUCCAUGGAUAG